UCGCCAUUGAUCCUCAGGCCAUGUACGGUACCACUCUGGCGACUUCAUAUAAACGUUGGGGAGACACAUCAUAGUCGAGCAGCCUUCUCUGUCUUGAUAGGUCUUUGUGAAGACAUAAUAUCGCUCUGUCAGACUGUCGCUCGUCUUCAGCUUCAUAGAACGGAAGGCACUCGCUCCAGGCGUCGAAAACAUGAGGCUCACCAGCAUACUCUCCUUGACUGCGGUUUUGGCAGUUGUCGCUGCAGACCCUUUGCCGUACCACGUUCCGAAGAACCUUCGCAGAGCCAGACACGGAACGUUCACUUCCUCGCUUCCGUUAUCUUCAUCCAGUAUCACGCCCUGCGAGCCAGAUUAUACGUCAACCGCAAGCACAAGCAGCUCGCUCUCUACGGGCGUAAGCAGCUCGCUCUCCACGGGUGUUAGCAGCUCGAUAUCAUCAAGCAUACCGUUGAGUACCGCAGCAACUUCUACCACUACGAAUAGCACGACGUCUGCACCCGAAUUGACUUCGUCAGCGUCCUCUACUUCCUUUAACAUCACCAGCACAACAUCAAGCACCGCAAGUCCCUUGACCACGUGUUUCCGCGACGUAUUCAGUCGCUUCUACUGUACUGGUAUCACGACUUCGGUUACGACCGCCUUCAUUUCUGCAAGCAAUUCUUCCUCCGUGACCCCCAAAACUUCGUCUUCUUACAGCACGGGAACUGGAGCCAGCUCGACCAGCACCUCAUCCAGCUUCACUGGAACAGGGCCUGUGACAUCUUCGACUACUGGUACGACUUUCUCUUGGACCAACAGCACCACCGCUCCUUCGACAUCGUGCACUGAUGAGCCAAAGACGAGGGGAAACAUCACUUCGACAACCACCUCGACGACGAGCUCUAGUUUUGCCAAUGUGACUUCAUCUACAGCAACUGCCAACACCACUGUGAGUUCGACAUCAAGUGGGACCGCCUCGUCCGGUACCUCUAUAUCCACCACGUCAUGUACCGGCUAUUGGAACACAACAUCCAAGAGUAUCAAUCCCACUACCUUCUUGUCUACCAACUCAUCAGUAGUACCGACGUCGACGGCGAGCAACUUCACGUCGUAUUUCACGAGCACGACCAAUUCGACUACCUUGAUUCCAAGCUCGACUACUUCGACCUUGACGAUUUUCAACUCGACGACCGUCGGUCCGAGCACGACUUCCUCAACUCUGACAGCAUCCAACUCUACUUCGCUCACUAGGAGUUGGGCGAGUUUCAGCAACACCACUACGGCGUCGUCCACGUCGAGCAGUUAUACUACGUGCAACACUACCAGCACUGUGGCUCCAAAGACGGCAUCAAAGUGCAGCAGUGCGACAAUCGUGGAGACUCUAACAUCCGCAACGAUUUCAUGCCUUGUUCCACCCAGGGGCGGCCAAUCGACCACGUGGUCUUGCGCUACUGAAACCAGAGUGUUUCUAACGACUCGUGUCGUUGAGCUUCUUGCUAGCUCGUUUGGGGCGUUUGGUACCUCGUACUCCAGCCUGCCACCUGCUCUUCCCUCGUACGGUUAUGGCACGCCUACCACGGGGACUGCGACUAUUACGCCGACAGAAUCUUCUUCAUCGACUACAAAGAGCACCUUUUUAAGCUCAUCAGCUUCCUCACCCACGACUAAAAGCUUCUCUUCAAACUCGUCUACUUCUGCUUCGUCCUCCUCGACAUUCUCGUCCAGCAGCACAGAAUCCUCCAACUCAACUUCAUCUCUGUCCUUCACGUCUGAGUCUUCAUCAACUCCCACAACGAGUAUGCCAGCACUAACAAGUCCCAGUUCGUCUUCGACGAAGGUCACUACCAUCACUACAAUAACGAUCACUUCGAAAACUUCGUCCUCAGCAGCGUUGUCAAGCUCCACUUCUGAGCCAUCUUCGAAGUCUUCAAGCUCGUCGUCAACGACAAGCCUUACUUCGAAUUCAUCAUCCAGCGCGACGUCUACGGAAUCAACUACGUCCUCACUUACAGCGUCAUCUAGCACGAGUGUCAAGUCGUCCAGCUCAGCCUCGUCCACUACUGAGUCAUCGAGCUCAAGCACGUCGAUCAUUUCCACCUCUGCUUCAUCGUCGUCUUCCUCUUCCUCGGAAAGCUCGUCGUCCUUUGUCACAUCUUCUAGCUCAAGCUCCACCUCUGGGUCUUCUCGCUCCAGCUCCCUGAGCUCGCCGAGUAUCUCAUCAUCUAGCUUGACUAGUUCCACAACGGAGCCUUCUUUCUCAACAUCCUCGACUCCGUCAAGCGCCUUAGAGAGUUCUACAAGCACGUCUUCAAUGAAGACUGGAGCUUCGUCAAGCAGAAGCACGAGCACGACCGAAAUAGCUUCCAUUUCCUCUUCGGAUACUUCUUCCUCUACGACAGCCUCAUCAGCGACUCAGUCUUUGACUUCUUCCAGCCUGAGCACAAGCACGACGGAAAUUUCUACUUCCGUAUCCUCGACUUCGUCCAGCUCGUUGACUGCGUCUUCUUCGUCGUCUAGCCUUAGCUCAAGCUCUUCAGAAGCCUCCACGACAGCAACGUCCUCAACCAGCUCUACCACAGGGUCAUCGGCUACGUCCACCACCUCCAGCAACACCGACGUCACAACUGAGGCUACAUUCUUCUCGUCGGACUCUUCCGAGGGUGUCAAAUCUGUGUCUACUUGGUCAUCAUCUGGCGGCUAUUACACGACGCCGUCUCUAACUACGGAGGCCACGACGGAGGCUACGAGUUUCUCUAGCCUCCCGUCGACGUUUUCGAUAAGCACGAGGAGCGGGUAUUAUCAGCCACCAUCACCACCUUACUAUACCAGUGAAGCAGAGCAGGCAAGGAGAGGCAUGUUGGGCAAGCUCUUCGGCUAAAGGAGCACAAAGUCGUAAAGUAAGCCAGUAAAGUUUCCAUGCACGAUCAGGAAUUACGAAUUUGGACGACAAGGGAAUGCAUAACAGCAGUUGUCUUCCAGAAAGGUGUACCAAUGUAUCUGCUACUUCUUUUCUUUUCUUUUC